AUGAUAAGAAGAAUAGGUCAGCAAAAGCAGAAAAACGUUUGGUCUUUUCAAGUAAUUAACGAACUUCUUUUUCGUGCUUCCUUGUACGUGUACGAAGAUGAUGGGAGUGAACCCCAAGCCAUCAAUGAUUUCGCCCUAGACACUGAUCGCGCAAAGGGUGAAACCAGAGCUGCUUAUUCAUUAGAUGAAAACAGCAAACUAAUAGUACUUGAAAAUGAUAACCAACCAGGGGACAAAGGCCUGAAAGAUUCUAAAAAGAAGAGAACGGCCUCCGUUCUAAUCGCUGCAAAGAAGGGAGUGAUAGAGAUGGUUGAGAAGAUUGUAAAAUUGUUUCCUGUGGCUAUUGAAGAGAAAAAGAAUGUAGUGCUGUUGGCGGUAGAGCACAGGCAACACCAGUUUGGAUGCACAGGCAACACAAGGAAUAUUCCCGGCGCUGACGUCCAAAUGCAAUGGGAGAUCAAAUGGUUGGAGUUUGUGAAAGAGUCAAUGCCGUCUCAUCUAUUUGCUAAACGCAACAACCAUAAUGAAACCCCAGAUCACAUCUUCAAGGAAACUCACGCUCAAUUAGUGAAAAGCGGAGGGGAGUGGCUGCAUAAAACAUCAGAGGCGUGCUCUGCGGUGGCGGUGGGGAUAGCGACGGUGGCCUUUGCAAGAUCGGCCACCUUGCUCGGUGGUGUUGACCAAAACACCGGCCGCCCAACACUGGAAGGGGAGCCAGCAUUCAACGUGUUUGCCAUCUCAUCACUCAUUGCAUUGUUCUGUUCCGUCACCGCCGUAGUGAUGUUCCUAUCCAUAUUCACUUCUCGUUAUCAGGAGUAUGAUUUUCGGGUUGACCUGCCCAUGAAGCUUAUAGUGGGUUUGACCUCAUUGUUCAUGUCGAUUGCUUCCAUGUUAGUGUCAUUCUGUGCCGGCGAUUUCUUUGUGCUCAGGGAUCAACUCCGACACUUUGCGCUUCCUAUAUAUGCAGCGGAGAUUGGCCUGGCAGCGACCGUUUUUGCUUUUUCGAAGUUCCCACAUUUCUCCGAUCUGGCGGGGGCCGCCUUAAAAGUGUGCCACAGCGUAGCUACAAGCCCACAAGGCCAUCCCCGUCAAAUUCAGCGGAGAGGAUUCUGCCCGGCAUGA